AUGACACUGAGCAUGAGCAUCGAUAUGAGUGGGACAUUUCCCAUCAAGACAGCAAUACAUAUUUCCGAGUCCUCGCUUCUGUCUAGUGAAAUCUUGUCAUAUUACAAGAUGCAAGACGGAAUAAGCAUAACAAGUUACAAAUCUCGCUCGCUCUCUACAAUUCCAUUCAUCUCUUCCUUAAUCGUUACUCAUGUCUAUCAACCACCACUUAGCGACAACUUUAAGGUUAUUGGCUCGAUGGUUCAAUAA